AUGGCAUCAUCUACGCAUGAUAUUCUUGGUCAAAAAUUAUUUGAUGGUAAAACGAAACGAAUCUAUUCAAUGAUUGAUCAACCUGGUCUGAUUUGUAUUUAUCGAAAAGAUAAUCAUCGACCAUCAAAUAAAAUCUUAAGUAUACCUGGUACACGUCGAUCAAGUAUCGAUAGUAUAUUUCGUUUUACUCAACAACAAUUACAAACUAUUCCGCCGAAUCCAAGUUUAUAUAUUGAAAUUCCUGGUAAAGGUGCAUUAACAACAUCAAUAACAACAUGUGUCUAUGAAAUUUUACGUGAAACAUCAAUACCAACAUUUUUUGUUGCGUCACAUCCACAACCAGAUAUGUUUAUUGCAAGAAAAUGUACAAUGAUACCAAUCUUAUGGAUUAUUCGUCGUUUAGCUAAUGAAACAUAUACGAAACGUAAUGAUGGUAUUAUGAAUGGACAUCGAUUUGUACCACCCAUUGUUGAAAUUUAUCAUAAACUUCAUCCGUUAACUUAUCGACGUUCAGCAACAACAGGAAGUAUUGAUGAACAUCUUGAAUCAUCACGUGAAAGUUUAUUAGAUGAUGAUGAUUCCGAUUCCGAUGAAUGUUUUUCAUCAAUAUGGUCAUAUGAACAACUUCUUAAUGCAAAUUUAGAUAUUGAAAAUUUAAAAAUAACUCAAACAGAAAUUGAAUAUAUGUAUGAAACAUGUUGUACAAUAUUUGAUAUACUUGAACAUAUAUGGAUGGUUAAAAAAAAUUGUCAAUUAAUUGAUUUAAAAAUAGAAUUUGGUAUAACAACAGCUAUGCCAAAAGAAAUUGUUGUUGCUAAUGCAUUUGAUAUUGAAACAUGGCAUAUUUUACGACCUAUGGAAAAAACAACAUCAACAGGAAUUGAAUUAAUUCAAGAAAAUCUUUCAUGGAUAAAUAAUGCAUUAAGAGAUAUACUUGAUCUAAAUAAUAAUGCUUAUAUAACAAAUAAAAUAAGUCCACGACGUCGAAGUUUUCUUCAUCAAAAACAAAAAUCCACUAUAGAUGAUACAGAAAAUGAAGAUGAUGAAAAUACCUCAAUAAAUCGUAUUAUACCUGAAGAUGAUCAUAUUGAUAUAAAUCAAAGUAUACUAUCAUUAAAUAUCUAUAAAUCAUCAUUUAUACCAUUAACAACAAGUCGUUGUAUUAUAGUUUGCUCAUCAACUCCUGAUGUUGAACAUGGACAAAAGAUAAAAAUAACUCUUAAUGAAGUCUAUAAUAUUCAAUGUGAUGUACGUCUUUGUUCAAUUUAUAAAUCAACUAAAACAAUAUUAAAAUUUCUAUCAAAUUAUUCUUAUGAACAUUGUCGUCCAACAGUAUUUAUUACACUUGGUAAUAUAAAUAAUGGUUUAGCUAUGUGUUUAUCAUCGAAUUCACAAUAUCCAGUUAUACAUUGUUCAUUAAUGAGUAUUGAACAACAAAAUAAUUUAUUUGAUCUUAAUUCAUAUUUAUCCCAUGAUAUAUCGAUGUUUACAGUUGUAUUUACAUUAUCAAGUGCAAUACAAAAUGUUGUACAAAUUCUUGCUAUGAAUGAUUGGAGAUUAUGGACGAAACAACGUGGUAAACGUUUAAAAAAUUAUAUUGAUUUAUUAAUUGCUGAUCAACAAUUAUCAACAACACAACAAACAACAAAAACAAAUAAUGGAAUUUUAACAAAUAAAUAA